CGAGAAAUUCAAUUAAGCACUCCUCUUCCCACUAAGCUCUCCAGGGCACAUCUUCCGGGCUGCUCACCCUCUCUGUUAGAAAUACGGGGAAAAUGCAAUAAUAAUAAAAAAAAGAAAUAAAAAAACAAAUGACCCAACUUUGAUCACGCAUGCUCCCUCGGCGUCCACCUUUCUCGCCCAACCGUUCCUCCUAUUAAGUUGGAAAACUCGGCGCCAAAAAGCGACGAAGUAGCCCCGCAGUUACACCAAUCAUUUGGGGAAAGUCAUCUCAUAUUUAAAAUGCCUGUGGUAUAUGAGUGAAGCAGUCAGCCGGAGGAGAUGUAAGUGUCUGGAGGGUUUCUGCAUGGCAGCGGCUAGAAGAGAGCGACUGAGUGACACACAGACCAGAGUCCAGCUGGAGAGUCCAGCCCACCAGGAAGAUGAAGUAAACCUGUGAAUGGAGUGACUUGCUCUGUCAGAGAAAGAACAAGCUGAAAGUGGUUUAUGCACUGAAAAGACCUCAGGAAAAUCCACGAUGGCUGCCAAAAGGAAAGGUGGCCUAAAACUUAACGCUAUCUGUGCCAAGCUGAGCCGGCAGGUGGUGUAUGACGGCAGCUCCCAGAAUGCCGAGGGGGACCCGAGCCUGGCGGACAACAGUGAGCGGGGCAGCUCCCACUACGAAGAGGGCGACCGGCCCGACAGCGACUACUCAGAGGGCCUGAGCCUGGGCCAGAGCUUGGAGGAUGACCAGAAACGGCGCGAGGCCAUCGAGAAGUGGGUGAAUGGUGAAUACGCUGAUGACCCAGCGUCCAUUGAUGAGGACGAGCCAAGGGGGCCCAAAGCCAGCAGCGGUGAUGAGGGCCCCCCAGAAGGCGUGUAUAUGGUCCAACCCAAAGGCUGCAGCGAUGAAGAGGACAACGGGGAUGAAGCCGAGACGAUACCUGUCUCCCACGAGGACAGUUACCAUGACGACAGGGACUCUGCAGACAGUCCACACAAGGAGACGUCCUCCAGUGAGACCCCCAACUGCCAAGCCUCUUUUUCCUCUCCAGGUGAGGCCUCUGCUCUGCGUGACUAUGCAGCCAGCACCAUGAAUGAGUUCCUCCACAUGUUUGGUUAUGAUGACCAGCAGGUGCGUGAUGAGCUGGCCAAGAAGAUCAGCUUUGAGAAGCUGAAAGCUGCUACCUCAGACCCUUCGUCCUUGAGCAGCGAGGAGGCCACACGCCGGGCCCGUUUCUCCAAGUACGAGGAGUACAUCCGCAAGCUGAAGGCUGGAGAGACCCUGCCCUGGCCCAUCCACUCCAAGCCUGAAGAGCUUAACUCAAAGAUGACCCAGGAAAAAACCUCCACACUCAUACAGCCCUCCUCUUGUCUCCCGGCGGCUGAGGGUCAGAUUUUUUCUGCCGGAAUGGAGCACAAACAGGCCCAGCUCAGUGCCUCUGCUGGAAAUUCCUCCCAUAAUCUGGCUUCCAGGGCCUCUAAAUAUGACUUCUUCAUCCAGAAGCUGAAGAUGGGUGAAAGCCUGCGGCAGCAAAACGGUAAUGCCUACAAGAGGCCUUCCAAAUACGACCUGGAGAACGUCAAGUACCUGCACCUCUUCAAACCAGGAGAGGGCAACCCCGACAUGGGAGGGGCGAUAGCUUUCAAGACGGGUAAAGUGGGCCGACCAUCUAAAUACGACAUCCAUAACAUCCAGAAGCUCAUCCCUAGCAAGAGUGACCCUUCUAUAAUGCCAGGGGUUCUCUCAUCCACACCGGCCACCCCAGGCACUCCCAUGAUUCCUACCGCUGCUUCAGCCGGGGCUGUAGGGCCCCCUUGCUUACCAGUGGACCAGGUAGGCCACCUGACGUUCAGCCCUGAGUACAUGAAGUCCAGCUUCUCCAAGACUGACUCCAUCACUACUGGAACUGUCUCCUCAGUCAAGAAUGGCCUUCCUCCGGAGAAACCUGUGACAGAGGACAUCAACGUCUACCAGAAAUAUAUCGCCAGGGGCCCUUUAAGAAGCAGCCAAAAGCACCUGAAGCCCUCACCACCCCACGAGUCCUUCGCACUACCGCCGACUGCUAAAAGGUUUUCCGGCAGCCAACACUGUGGACAUGUUCAUUGUGCCUAUCAGUACAGGGAGCAUUAUCACUGCAUGGACCCUGAGUGCAACUACCAGAGAUUUACGAGUAAACAGGAUGUUAUAAGGCACUACAACAUGCACAAGAAGAGGGACAACUCCCUGCAGCACGGCUUCAUGCGCUUCAGUCCACUGGAUGACUGCAGCGUCUACUACCACGGCUGCCACCUCAACGGCAAGAGCACCCACUACCACUGCAUGCAGGUGGGCUGCAACAAGGUGUACACCAGCACGUCUGAUGUCAUGACUCAUGAAAACUUCCACAAGAAGAAUGCACAGCUGAUGAACGAUGGCUUCCAGAGGUUCCGCGCCACCGAAGACUGCGGCACUGUGAGCUGUCAGUUCUACGGGCAGAAGACCACCCACUUCCACUGCAGACGCCCCGGCUGCACCUUCACCUUCAAGAACAAGUGCGACAUUGAGAAGCACAAGAGCUAUCACAUUAAGGAUGACGCAUAUGCCAAGGAUGGAUUCAAGAAGUUCUACAAAUAUGAAGAGUGCAAGUAUGAGGGCUGCGUUUACAGCAAGGCCACCAACCACUUCCAUUGCAUCCGCCAGGGUUGCGGAUUCACCUUUACUUCCACCAGCCAGAUGACCUCACACAAGCGCAAACAUGAGCGACGCCACAUCCGCUCGUCUGGAGUGUUGGGUCUCACGUCCUCCUUCUUGCUGCCCAAGGAGGAGCAGGAGGAGUCCAGCAAUGACGACCUGGUGGACUUCUCAGCAAUCAGCAGCAAGAACUCUAGUCUGAGCGCCUCGCCCACCACCCAGCAGCAGCCCUCUUCCACCUUGCCACACCUGAUGUCUACGCCCACCACCGCAGUGGCCUCCAGCAGCCAUAACGUCAAACCCACCACAGCCCUGCCCCCGGCCAGCCAUAUGUCCACCCUGCUGUCCCAGGCCUUGCCCAGCAACAUGCCAGUGGCCCUGGCCAUGGCCAGCAGCGCCCUGGGUGGGGCUUCCAACCCUUUCUUCCCACUCCUGCCCAGGCUGCCCUUACAGCUCCCGCCCAAUGCUGCCAGCAUGAUCUCUGCAGCUAGCUCCGGAGUGCACUCCACACCCCGGGACUCCCAGGCCCCAAGCUCCAGCUCAGCAGGGGAGCUGCCUCCUGCUUCCACACCCAGCUCCUAUGCUGCUUCCUCCAUCAUGGAGAAGAUCUCUGCCAGUAAGGGCCUGAUAUCCCCCAUGAUGGCCAGGCUUGCUGCUGCCGCCCUCAACCCUGCCAGCAAUCCAGAGACAGGAAAUGGGCAGCAGGCUCAGGCUGGCCGGUUUAAUCCGGUCCAAGUGAAGCAGGAGCCAAUGGACGGCACCUCAGGGGCCUCCCAGGAGUCCAUGCAAGAGCACAGCCUCGACCUGAGCAAGAAAGAUCCUAGUAAUGAAUCAAACGGACACCCUGCACCAGCAAAUACAUCUCUUUUAUCCUCACUUAUGAAUAAGAUGACGCAGGUGAACCCGGGCUUCUUCAGUGCUCUGACCAUGAAGUCAGAGCUGGAAGGGGGCCAAGCACCGGAGAAUUCCGAGACAGUCCAGUAUCUCAGCAGGCUGAUGAAGAGGCCCGCUCCAGAAAAGCCAGCCGAGCUGUGGAAGACGUACCUGCGCAGAUAUGAUACUGAUGAAGUGUGCGACGGCCAGUGUGACUUCCUGCACAAGGUGCAUUUUCAUUGCCUUGUGGAGGACUGUGGUGCUCUCUUCAGCACUGUGGAUGGAGCAAUCAAACAUGCCAACUUCCACUUCAGAGCCAACUUAAAGGUUAAACCAGAGCCCUCUUUCAAUGAGGGCAAGGACUCCAAUGAGGGCGCCCCCAAUCAGCUCACUGCCCCCAUCUCAAUGGCCAGCUCUCCCCCCAUGGAGGUGCCCAGUGUGGCUGCGUCCGGGGGCUACGGCUCAUCCCCCUCCCUGCUGGCCUGGAAGCAGCUGACUGGUUCCAUCCCACAGCUUCCUGCCACCAUGCCCAACAUGCCUGCCACUUCCCCACUAGCCACCACCUCACUGGAGAAUGCCAAACCUCAGGUCAAACCUGGCUUCCUGCAGUUUCAGGACAAUGACCCUUGUCUGGCCACUGACUGCAAAUACUCCAAUAAAUUCCACUUCCACUGUCUGUUUGGCAACUGCAAGUAUGUGUGCAAGACCUCUGGGAAGGCUGAGUCACAUUGCUUGGACCACAUCAACCCCAACAAUAGCCUGGUGAAUGUGCGAGACCAGUUUUCUUACUACUCCCUGCAGUGUCUCUGUCCCAACCAGCACUGUGAGUUUAGAAUGAGGGGCCAUUACCACUGUCUGAGACCCGGCUGCUUCUUCGUCACCAACAUCACCACCAAGCUGCCCUGGCACAUUAAAAAGCAUGAGAAAGCAGAGAGACGUGCAGCCAAUGGCUUCAAAUACUUCACCAAGAGAGAAGAGUGUGGCCGUCUCGGCUGCAAGUACAACCAGGUGAACAGCCACUUCCACUGCAUCCGCGAGGGCUGCAUGUUCUCCUUCCUGCUCAAGCACCAGAUGACCUCCCACGCCCGCAAACACAUGAGAAGGAUGCUGGGGAAGAACUUUGACCGGGUUCCAUCUCAGGUGGUCCCUCAUGGCCACCAGUCAGAAGAGAUGCAGCAUAUGGCCAGCCUGGCUUCGUCUGGCACUAUAGCCAGCCACCCAAGCCUGACCACCAGCUUCUCCAACAUGAUGGAGGAGAAUGAUGACUACAUGGAUUACACGGGUGGAGGAAGCCCACUAGGCCUUUCCUCAGAGUCCUCUAACCAGGACCGCAGCUGCACCAGUACUCCAGUGGGCAACGACAGCUCCCCUGCAGGACCAGGCUGUCAGCUCCCUCCUCCUGCUUCCACUUCCUCUGCUGAAACUCCUCCCACUUCUCAAUCUGCACCUCCUCCACCUCCUCCACCCCAGCCUCAGGCUCCGCUCCAGUCCCAGCCUCCAUCUUUCCCUCCGACUCUCCUGCGGCCUCCUCUCCCCUCGCUCCCAUACCUCCUCUCUCCAUCCUGUGUCUCAUACUCUCUGCUCAGCGCCUCUCUCGGAGCCACUCGGAGUGUUGUCAUGCCAACCAACACACCAGCUUUCAGCCCCAUCAUUGCUACUCCGUCUCCGGUUAAAAAUGACGUCCCUAUAGUGCAGGAUGCUGCAGGGAACACCAUCUCCAUCCCCACGGCGACUGGCGCCAAGAAGCGCUUCUGGAUCAUCGAGGACAUGUCACCUUUUGGCAAGCGUCGCAAGACGGCCUCGUCUCGCAAGAUGCUGGAUGAGGGCAUGAUGCUGGAGGGCUUCCGCCGCUAUGACCUGUAUGAGGAUUGCAAGGACACAGCAUGCCAGUUCUCACUGAAGGUCACCCACUACCACUGCACGCGUGAGAACUGCGGCUACAAGUUCUGUGGCCGCACGCACAUGUACAAGCACGCACAGCACCACGACCGCGUGGACAACCUGGUGCUGGAUGACUUCAAGCGCUUCAAGUCAUCGCUUAGCUGUGGCUUUGCCGACUGCCAGUUUUCUGGCAACAGCACACACUUCCACUGCCUACGUUGCGGCUUCCGCUGCACGGACAGCACCAAGGUGACGGCACACCGUAAACACCAUGGGAAACAGGACGUGAUCAGUGCCGCCGGCUUCUGCCAGUUCAGCUCCAGUGCUGACUGCGAGGUGGCUGAUUGCAAGUACAAACUGAAGUGCUCCCACUUCCACUGCACCUACCCUGAGUGCAAGCAUACGGUGGUUGGAAUGUCCCAGAUGGACUCGCACAAACGCAAGCAUGAAAAGCAAGAAAGAGGUGAGCCUCCCUCCGUCUCGCCCAACCAAGAAGGCCACCACCAGAUGGGACUUGUCCCACCUCCUUCGUCCUUGAAUCUGCCCCCGACCUCUCCCGGGGUGGCCCAGGGGCUACCCCACAACAGUGGGGCAGCCAUUUACCUUCCUCCAGGCAUGGGUGAAUACCCUGAGCAUCAUCGCCCAAUGGUCAACCUGGACAGCUCCUUGAACCUGGGCACAGAUACCAGCAGCUCGCUCUUCUUCCUGAAGAAUGCAGCUGGCCUGGGUCUGGCCGAUUCCCUGGAUCUUAGCAAGAAGCUCCAGCGGGACUCCCUCACCACUGCACCUGGGGCUACACCCAAUGCUCCCAUCAUGAGCCUGGGACACAGCCGAGAUGACACCACCAGAACGUCUGGGGAGCCCGAGGAUGAGCUGUCGCCCGAAGAAGAGCCCACCGCGCAUGAGGAAGAGGAGGAUGAAGAGGAUGAAGAAGAGGAGCCAGAAGAAGAUUUGAACACAGACUCGUACGACGACUCCAUGCCUGAGCCGGACGGUGAAAAAGACAACAGUGAGAGUUUUGAUGCUUCCAUGAACCAUGCUGACACUUCCCAACUGGACAAAGAGGAACCCGAGGCUGACCUGUGAUUGACGCUGUAUAGGAACUCCAGUAGGAAGAAACAGUCCCUGUACGCUAUGAACAAAUCCCGAGUUUUGAGUGGCCUCGUUUAUCAUGCUUAGAGACACGAUGGAUGACAAGAAAACAACAAUUACGCAAGAAAAGUGAAGGCCCAAAAUGAUUUAUUAAGAUGUUUACACGAUGACCAACAUUAUUAAUUUAAUUAUGCAUUAAAAAAAUGAACCGAUAACUAGACAGACGAGGCCGUCUUUUACACAUGGGUGGCAAUGUAAACAUUUUCCUACACAUCAGUCUUUUUUGUGUGUGCGUGCAUGUUUGACUUUAAUUUAUUCUAUUUUGUUUGUUACUUUUUGUGUGUGGAAAAAAUAAUGAAAAAAAUCUAUAUAUAUGAAUAUCUAUAUACGGUAGUUGUGUGUGGAUGUUAAUAUACAUUUUAAAGUGCAGUCACUGAACUGCAGAACCCUUGUACCAAUUGAAAGAAAUGGCACGCUUUGAAUACAAAGGGGAGUUUUUUUUUUAAACGAAUGUGCUAAAACAACAGAUUCAUGACAUCCUGUAUUAUUAUUAUUAUUAUUAUUAUUAUUAUUUUAUUAGGGCAGGGGCCUGCAUCAGUGCUUUGGCUUUUAUGUUUUUCCGUUUAACACUUGAUUCUUUUUUAAUGCUUAUUUUUCGAUAAUCACAGUUCUCACAUAAAUGUUCUCUCAUGGUCAGUUGUGUCAUAGGCUCCAUUCCAUAUGGACAGUUCAGCUCCGUCUCUUCGGGACAAAACAGUGACCAGUGACUGCAAGCUGUAGGCCAUAAAACGUCUGUCUCAGUGAACACACCACACCAAAAGCUAGCUCUCACUCGAUUUUUUUUUUCCUUCUCUCUUUUGAAAUGUGGACCCUUUUGGCAUUGCAUAUUGAUAGUGCACUUUUGUAUAGAGUUUAGAAACUCAAGCCUCUAUUUAAGACGUUUUGUUACCGUUUGCAUCGUUGCAUUAUUAUUGCUUUUUUCGUUGUUGUUGUUAUUGCUGUCACUGUUGUCAUUGCAUUACUGUCCGAUUGCAGAGGUGUGACCAGUGGAUACUGGUGUUUGUCGCUGCAGAAGAAAUGGACUGGGGAGGAUUGUGAGUACUUGCUGGUGCUGCUGUCCAGG